AGUAAAGAAAGGUUGAUGGUGCGCAGGGCAAUGUGUUCUGUGUGUAGUAAAUACAUGAUUGAUUGUGUUUACACUCUCUGUUGUUUCAUUUAUUAAAGUGGAUUGUUGUCAUGGCUUCGAUUGCAGAAACAGAGCCAUGCUUAACUUGCAAAAGACCUAUCAGAGGAGUGCCGAUCUGCUUGGAUUCAACCGAUUCAGGCGAAAGCAUAGCAAACCGCCAAAAGCUAAAGAUAUUGGUCCCAGAAUUGGAUUUGCUCAAAAAUAAGGUGUACAUGCUGUGCAUGAGCUGCAACUAUAAACUAUUGACCAGUUAUACAUUUCGAAUGAUGUGUUUAUCGGUCGCAUCCAACAUGAAGGUGGAUCCUACAGUUGUUGCCAAAGUAGAACCAGAAGAUAUCGAUGAUACAUCUACAAAAGUUAGCAAUGAGCAGAAUCUGAAUCCUCCGGUUUCAGUUGAACCAGCAGACACAUCUGAUGUGCAGAAGCGAAAUGUUUUGGUUGUAGUUAAAUCAACAUCGCCAGCUACAGUAGAUAAACUAGAAACAAACAAAAUUAUUAAGAAUCCAUGUUCUCCAGUUACGAAUCAAACCAUAACAUUAUCUGCAUUUCUGAAACAAUCACAAAAUGGUAAUAUGCAGAAAGUGGUGUCAAAAUCCAAAACUGAGCUUGGUAAUCAAACAACAAAUGAACAUACUGAAAAACCAAGUUCUUCAGUUGCAAGUAAACCAUUAACAGUGGCUACAUUCCUGAAACAAUCUCAAAAUGUUAAUGUGCAGAAAGUGUUGUCAAAAUCAAAAGCAGCGCUUGGUAAUCAAACAACAAAUGCACAUACUGAAAAGCCAAGUUCUUCAGUUGCAAGUAAACAAUUAACAGUGGCUACAUUUCUGAAACAAUCUCAAAAUGUUAAUGUGCAGAAAGUGUUGUCAAAAUCAAAAGCUGCGCUUGGCAAUGAAACAACAAAUGCAUAUUCUGAAAAGCCAAGUUCUUCAGUUGCAAGUAAACCAUUAACAGUGGCUACAUUUCUGAAACAAUCACAAAAUGGUAAUAAAGUGUUACAAGUAGUUGGGAAACCAUUGCAAACAAAAAUAAUUCUUGAUAAAGCAAAUUUAAAUGGUAGAAGGGUGACGUACUUAAAGAAGUCUAAACCUCUAGUACCAAUUAGACCAAAACUGGUAACCACUGAUGCCCUGAUUCUAAAUAAUAAGGAUACUCCAGUUGUAGCAAAACCAACACCAAUCGAAGUAGAUGAUAAAGUAAUAAUUGAUAUGCAGGAAAAACUUUCUAGUAAGUUGGAUACCAAAAUUGCUGUUACGCCUACAUCUAAAGUUUAUAAACAGAUAGUAAACAGUGAUAAGCAGAAGUCCGUUUUGAAAAAAUUGGAUUCUCCAGUUCCGGUUACAGCAGGAACAACUGUAAUAAUUGAUAAAAUAGGUCAGAAACUGGAGGUUAAUAUUGUUGAUGCUCCAGUUGUUACUACAGAACCUGCGGCAACAAACGAUACGAAGAUGGAUUGUUCAAAUAUUGCAGAAUCUGCUGCAAAACCAGCUAAAUCCACGGUGAAGAAGAAUGCGCAGAAGUCACCUGGUAACAUUAAAAUAGUUCCGGCGUGUGAUACAUCGGAUUUAGAUGAUCAAAGGAGUGCUCGCAAGCUCAUCAUGAAUACGUUAUACAAAGCUGUGAUGGAGACGAAGGAGUCAGGCCUUACACCAGCGAAGAGACAGCUUAGGUUUACACCGUGGGAACCCGAGAAAAACCUGUCUGAAACUAUAGUGAGCAAUUGGAACAAGAAUAUUAGUUCGUUGGUACGAAACGAAUUGUUUAAUAAUGGGACAUCCGCUGAAAAGGAAGAAGGAUCAGCUGAGGUAAACCAAUCAUCAGAAAUAAGUGAACCACCGCCUGAAGUAAAUGAACCACCUGAUGUAAAUAAACGACCUGAUGUAAAUAAACCAACUGAAGUAAAUCAAACACCUGAAGUAAAUUCAGCAGUUAAAGAAAAUGAAUCAGUUGAAGUAAAAACUGAAAUAAAAACGGAACCAGACGAUGUGGAAUUUAUUAGCGAGACCUUCCUGGAACCGUCGACGAUUAAGAGCACCGUGAAGAAGAGCCACGAGGAGGAACAGCAGGAGCGGUCGCAGAUUAUUGAUUUACCGAUGAAAAGUAAAACGACGUUCCUCUGUAAAUGCAAUCACUGCGGUUUACUGCUGACCUCGAAGGAGACUUUAGUGAAACACAUUCGGCAGCAUUUCAAGAACAAUCCCGUUCAAUGCGAUCAAUGCAAGACGCAAUUCGGAGACAUCAGCUCUUACAAUGCGCACAUGUGUAUCUACGAGACAGAAAAGAAGGCGGUGGUAUCCGAAUUCGAGCCGGAAUGUCCGAAGCCGAAGGAAUGCAAAUGCAAUCGGUACUUCGGCAACAUAAGAACUCUGAACAUCCAUCUGGAAACUACCUGUGAGAACAGCACGUUCUGCAUGACCUGCAACAUGGGAUUCGUCGAUGUGACAUCAACGAAUUGUCAUCUUCGCAACGUGCACAACUUGUUCCUAUGCAAUCUUUGCAGAAAGAUGUUCAGAGACAAGAAGUACCUGAUGACACAUCUGCACGUGAUGCACGAGAAGAAAGUGCCCAACAAGAAAAUCAAAUACCGUUGUCCCUUCAAGAGUUGCAAGAAAACGUUCAAAUUCUACGAGACGUACGAGCUGCAUCUGACGUACAAACAUCAGGAAUAUUAUUCGAAUAUUUAUUGGGAAGAUUGCAAAACUUCCUACGUGACAUACAUGUGCAACCUCUGUAAAAAUAACGAUAAGCAAAUUUGUUUAAAUUUACUCGACCAAAAUGCCUUUAUCGUACAACUGCAAAAGAAUCACGCUUUAUAAAUAAUGUUUUAAUUUUUUUGUAUAAUUAUGCAACCUAAUAUACUUUAUAAUUAAG